AUGGCAAGAACUAAACAAACAGCAAGAAAGACUACCUCAGCAAGAAAAACUCCUAAAAAGCACCUUGCAAAUAAGGCCGCUGAGAUCAAGCCCAGAGGUGUUAAGCCUCCAAACAGAUUAUUAAAAAUCCCAGCUCUAAUUGAAAUCUAUAAAUACCAAAAGGGCACUGAACUUUUAGUCAGAAAACAUCCUUUUCAAAGACUUGUGAGAGAAAUUGCCCAAGAAUACAAGACAGAUCUCAGAUUUCAGAGCUCAGCUGUCCUUGCACUCCAAGAAGCUGCUGAAUCUUACCAUAUUGGACUUUUUGGAGACAGUAACUUUUGUGCAAUUCACGGUAAAAGAGUGACUAUUAUGCCAAGAGACAUGCAAUUAGUCAGAAGAAUCAGAGGAGAAAGAUCAUAA